AUGGGCGCUUCACAGUCGGCUCAAAUCCCAUCUGAAGACGAGCAACAAGGAGAAGAGGAAGAUGAAGACGACGAUGACGUCGAACGGGCGGUAGCCUCCGCCAUGCUUAGAUCCGGAUCGCCACUUCAUCUUCUUCUUGAACGAAGAAAAAAGAAAAAAAGAAAAAACAGAGAGAACGGGGAUCGUAGGCGGUGGGGGUGGUUACUUUACCUUCUUGUUUUCACUGUUUUGUUUGGAGAAAUGGCUUAUCAAGGUGGAAACUUGAAGUCGACCACCAUAAAUGGAGUGAAAGUGUACACCGUCACCGCUAGCCGCUCGAAUGCUACAUGGCUUGCUCCUAAGAAGCUCAGAGCACUACGGAAAAAUCCAGAUUAUUUGCAAAGGAUGGAAUUCAUACAGGACUUGAAGUUUGAGACUGCGACUUCUAGAAUUAGGUUCACUCCUGAUGGGGAGUAUCUUAUCGCCUCAGGUAUUUACCCUCCCCAAGUCAAAGUGUAUGAGCUUAGGGAAUUGUCAUUGAAGUUUGAAAGACAUUUAAUUUCUGAAAUCAUUGACUUCCAGGUACUAGAUGACGACUAUUCAAAGAUUGCAUUUUUAUGCGCUGAUCGUUCUAUUUGUCUUCAUGCAAAAUAUGGGAGUCACUACAGCUUGAGAAUCCCCAGGAUGGGAAGAGAUAUAUUAUAUGACAACUGGUCUUGUGAUUUAAUUUGUGCUGCUUCCUCUCCAGAUCUGUACAGAAUUAAUUUAGAACAGGGACGUUUCAUGUCCUCACUCAGCACUCAGUCACCAGCUUUGAAUGUUGUGUCUCAAAGCAAAGUCCAUGGAUUAGUUGCUAGUGGUGGUGAGGAUGGAGCUGUUGAAUGCUUUGAUAUGAGGACAAGGUCUUCUGUUGGUCGAGUAGAUGCUGCUGCAUCUGCUGGUGAAAUUGAUGGGGAGGUUACGGCAAUUGAGUUCGAUGAUGAUGGAGGUUAUCUCAUGGCUGUUGGAAGCAGUGGUGGGAAGGUUUUAAUAUACGAUUUGCGUUCAUCUAAUCCAAUGCGAGUAAAGGAUCAUAUGUAUGGAAGCCCUAUUCUGAAUAUUAAGUGGCAUAAAACUCUCAACUCACAGGAAUCGAAACUAAUCACUGCUGAUGAGCACAUAGUCAGGAUAUGGGACCCUGAGACGGGAGAAGGUAUGACCAGCAUUGAACCGAAUGCCGGUAAAAUUAAUGAUAUGUGCGUCUAUAAAGAAAGUGGCUUGAUUUUGCUGGCUCUGGACAGCAGCCAUAUACCUUGUUACUUCAUACCAGCCCUCGGGCCUGCUCCCAAAUGGCUGUCAUAUUUGGAGACUUUAACGGAAGAGCUUGAGGAGGGUGGUGAAACAAUUAUUUAUGAUGAUUACAAAUUCUUGACGAAAGAGCAACUUGCCCAACUGAACUUGACUAAUUUGAUUGGAACCAAUCUUCUGAGGGCCUUCUUGCAUGGUUACAUGAUUGAUUACAAGCUGUAUAAGAAGGCACUAAGUUUGGCGGAGCCUUUUGCUUAUGAGUCUUAUAUAGAAAAGCGAAAGCAGGAGAAAAAAGAAGAUGAGCGUUCCUCAAGAAUUACGAUCAAGAGGAAGCUCCCCAAAGUUAAUCGAACUCUGGCAGCCAAAAUCCUCGAAGAAGAGGAAGAACAGAAUAACAAGGAGACCGAUGGAGCUGUUGAUAAGAAAACGUCAAAGAAAAAGAAAGGUCUCACCGGUGAAGUCCUCAAAGAUGAGAGGUUUACAGCUAUGUUUGAAAACAAGGACUUUGAGGUUGAUGAGUUCUCGAAAGAGUACAUUGCCCUUCAUCCUAUGGCAUCAACAGCUACACCAAGGAAGCCCACAUCUUUGCUGGACGAGCAUUUUGAAAGCGUUGAUGCAGAGAACCAAAGCAUUGACGGUUCUGAUGCAUCAUCCGCAUCUGAAGAUGAACUCGACAAUAAUAAUACCAAUCCCAAAUCUGGGAAAAAAUUAUAUGAAGUGAAGGACGAGCGGCAUGCAGACGCAUUCUGGAAAAACAAGUCGCUCGCGUAUGAGGAGUCCCUUCCUCUGGGAGAGAGGUUGGCUCUGAGGAAAAAUCCGGAAGGUUCCAAGAAUGUGGUCAAACAUGGUCAAGGAGGAUCUCGAGAAAUCUCCUUCAAUCCCAGGAGUUCAGCUAAAUACAGGGAGUAUGACGAGGAUAAGGAUGACGAGGGGCCCACGCGUCCCGGGAAGAGGAGGGGUGUGGAGUCACUGAAGCUGCCAGGGAUGAGAGGCCGUGGCAGAGGGAGAGGGGGCUUUCAUGGGAGAAGGGGGCGUCGGUGAUUAAAGGCAUCCAACAUCGACAAAAUUGUUAUUUUGUUGUGUUUUUUUGACGAUUUUUGAAUGAUCUUUGAAACGUAGUGGUAUAAAUAGUUCUAUUUAUUGUUUUGAACGAAAACAAGAGAGAGUCGAGUUAGAUGGUGAUUAUGAUUAAUUCUACGAUCGGAUUUUGUUGGGUUUACGAGCGUUUAAUACACAAUAUGGCCUUGAUUUCAUGCUUAAAUGCCCACAUGUUUUUAGUUAUAUGAAAAAUUUGAAGAAAAGCGAUCAAUUAAGCCAUCCUUUUUCAGUAUUCUGCUAACUUUUUUGGAAUUUC